GACCCUGCGGCCAGGGCGAGAGGACGUAGGGUCGUCGGGUUCGAGCGGGGUUAGAACGGCAACCUUGGGACUCUGCAGCAACGCGUCUGGCAGGAACACAGAACCGGUCCACGCCUUGGAGCUGGGAGAACCAGAAGCGGAGUGUCCCUGAGGAUACAGUCAAAGAAAGUUCUCCAGAACAAAGUGCCUGCAGCACAGGAUGGCACUGGCCUUGAUCCACCCUAGCAAGCGUGCAUACUCUUUGGCUCCCCUGAGUCUGAAGGAGGAGCUUCAGGGAUUCAAAGUUCAAGGAAACAGAAAAGGCCUUGGGCAGGAGCCGUUGAGCAAACAGUUCAGGCAGCUGCGCUAUGAGGAAAGCACUGGACCUCGAGAGGUUUUACGCCGACUCAGGGAGCUCUGCAGACAGUGGCUGCAGCCUGAGACCCGCAGCAAGGAGCAGAUCCUGGAGCUGCUGGUGCUGGAGCAGUUCCUGACCAUCCUGCCAAGCGAUCUGCUGGUCCAGGUGCUCGAGCACCACCCAGAGACUGGGGAGGACCUGGUGGGAAUACUGGAAGAUUUGCAGCGGAACCGUGAAGAAGCAGGACAACAGAAGGACCCAACCCAAGGAAACAGACAGACUGUGCUGGUUGGAGGGCCAGGCCUUCACAAAGAAGCACAGGAGCAGCUGGUCCUCCCUGAGCAUGAGCUGCAGAAGCCCGAGGAGGAGAAGGGUCCGGAAAUAUGGAAUGAAAAUGGGAAGCUCAUUGUAGUGGCAGACUCUUUUGGAAGAAUACAAUCAUGUUAUACAACAUCUGAACACAUCCAGGCCCUUUGUAUGGACUUAAGCUUGGAAAAGCAACCAGCCAUGCCCCAGGAGAAAACUAGCAGCCAAUGGUUGGAAACUGAGGAGGGACUUGCCCAGCCCUCAGACCUGACUGAACAUGAAAGGGCACAUGCAGGAGAAGAGUGUUAUGAAUCUACAGUGUAUCAGAGUUCUGUUCCUACUGAACAACCGGAAGACCUCUCUAAAGAGAAAGGUCACCCCUGCCAUGAGUGUGGGAAAAUCUUUCAGAGGAGUUCACACCUCGUCCGACAUCAGAAAAUCCAUCUUGGUGAGAAGCCUUUCAAGUGCAAAGAGUGUGGCAAAGUCUUUAGCCAGAACGCAGGUCUUUUGGAGCAUCUCAGAAUCCAUACUGGAGAAAAACCCUAUCUGUGUAUCUAUUGUGGAAAGAACUUUAGGCGAAGCUCUCAUCUUAAUCGACACCAAAAAAUUCACGGUCAGGAGGAGCCCUGUCAAUGCAAGGACUGUGGGAAAACCUUUAGUAAGGCCCUACUCCUCAGCCACCAUCAGAAAAUCCAUGGUCGCUUCAAAAGACAUCAUUGUAACGAGUGUGGGAAAGCCUUCAAUUUGACUUCGGACCUUAUUCGACAUCACAGGAUUCACACUGGAGAAAAACCUUUCAAAUGUAAAGUGUGUCAGAAAGCUUUCCGUCUAAACUCACACCUCGAUCAGCAUGUCAGAAUCCACAAUGAAGAAAAACCCUACCAGUGUAGUGAAUGCAAAGAAGCCUUCAGGCAGAAGUCGGGUCUCUUUCAGCAUCAGCGACAUCACCACAAAAAGAAAGCGACUUAAUGCGGUUCUCCGUCUGAGAUAACAGAAUGUUACAUCAACAAGCAAACAGUGCUUUGUAAAGUCACCAUGGCAUCGAUUCUUGGAGGCUAAAUUGGAAGCCAUUUGCCUCCAUUGCUUCUUUCUUCUUUGUUUUACUUAAAGCCAUAAUUAGACUAUAAUAAUUUUACUUUAGAUUAUAGGAUCAGAGUUAAGAGUUCUUCACUACAGGACGUCACAGAGCUUUUAAUGUGAUGAGUACAUGAUUAUCUCUAAGUAAUAGUCUUGUGUAUGAAUGAAAUCUUUUCAGCAAGUCAAGUGCCUACAGAUUUAUACAGAAUGGGAGCAAGCUGAUAUUUUUGCAAGUACUAUAGCAACAGGCUCCUGUAAAAUAAAACUCAUGAGGAUUGGGGAGAUGGCUCCGUGACUGAGCCAGUUGCUAUGCAAGUGUAAGGACAGUGCUUGAGGUCUCCGGCAUUCAUGUAGAAGUCAAACGGGUGUGCGGCCCACCUGUGCUCCCACACCCCUCAAGGCGGCGGGAAAUCGGAUCUUUAGAGCAAGCUGACUGCCUGUCCUAGCUAUAUCAACAAACUCUGGAUUGGGUGGGAGAAUUUGGUGACCAGUUGGUAGAAUGAUCAAGGCAGACUCCAAUGUUAAUCUAAGUGCACGUGUAUACCCACACGUGUAAACAUCACACAUACGUGCAUGCGCGCGUGCACACACACAAAAAUAAUCCCAAGGGGCUGUAGUGAUGACUCAACUGUUCACACACACUGCUCUUGCAGAGAAUCCAUCCAUUUCAGUUCCUAGCACCUAGAUAGCAUGUCACAACCACAUGUAACUCCAGUUCCGGGAUUUGAUGCCUCUUUCUCUUUAUGGACCUCUUGUACACAAAUGGUUCACAUAAGCUCCCACACAGGUACACACAUACACAAAUUAAGAAAUCAUCAAAAAAUAAGCCCAAAAUGAAUGUAAUAAUGCUUAUAUGUACACAUUCUCAAAAGUCUAACAUGGUUAGCUAAACUUUUUUCCUAUUGGCUUUACCCACACGUGGACCUUAUAUCCACUUUACCAAUGAACCAUCAAUGAAUGCAACUUCAGAAAGCAAAGAGAAUUUUUUUCUGUUUAACUGUGGACCCUACCCCUCAUAUUUUAGCUCAUGUUAUUUUACAUUUCCUACCUGUUUUAACCACAGUAUCAAAUUAAGUUAUAAAUCAAAGUUUUCUUUAAACUAUGCAAGAGACUAUGAGUCAUUUAAAUGACCUGUGUUGAUUUAAUCUAAGCAGCAGCUUUCUUACGUGGCAGCUUCAGUGCCAUUAGCGUGACUGCUUAAAGAACACUUUAAUGAAUGUCCCUUGGGGGAAAAUGACUUUUUCCCUUUAAUACCAAUGAUGCAAAUUUUAAAUGAUAUUUAUUUUUGAAAUAAUUUUGAUAUUAAAAUCCGGUUCGAGAGAUGAUCAUGGUCAUUAUGUCAUAUUGAUUGCUGGUGAUGUAGAGUAAGCUUGGGGGAGUCUUCCCGGCACGUUGCCAGGGAUGGUGAACAUUGCUUUGGGAAUAGACAGGGUAUAGUUCUCCCAGAAAAGGCUUCUUAAGUUAUGCCCACUCUGGGAAGAUAAGUGGACCUUUGUAGCGAUUUACAACUUGGUUUCACUACACUUGGUUUACAAAUAUGUUCCUUGUCCAAUAGAAAAGGCUGGGGUCAGUCAAAGAUGAUUCAUACUUUCACUACAGUCUGAAUUUCUGGCCUUUUGGCUCCAUCAUCAUAGUCCAUGCCAUCAGCUUUUAAGGCCAUAUGACUGCUGAAGUUGCACCUAUCGCAUGCCAAGUGUGGACAAAAGGAGGGCAAGAAGAGGUUUCUGCCUGGCUCAGUAAACCCUUGUUGAGCAGCUUUCCCCAAAUUUGCUUAGCAUAUGUGUCUUAGGCCAAAACUUUGACAAAGGAAGCAGGAGAGGGUCAUGUUUUGUGCAGAGCUAAAAACGUGGCUAAAGGGAUGAAAGGAAGAUAGAUGUCACAGUCGCACCUAGCCGUAGUCCUUGGCCUGUUCCUUCCUACUUAGAGCAAGCAGACUAGAAGCCACUUACCAUCGUCUAUAGGGAUACCAAAUGUGUAAGAUAAGUGUAGCAUUUUGAAACUGGAAACCUUCAUGCAGUCAGUUCUGUUGCUUAUAAGCUAAAACUAUUUUUUUCUUCUGCUUUUACAGACAAAAUUAAUUUGAUGUUAUGGGUACUUUUCCCAAAUAAUUUGAGGACUAUACUAAGAUCAAAUACCUAAACAGUUAUUUCAGUUUAAUAAGGAAGCAUAUAAAUAGGAUUAUCUUGUUCUGAUGAAGAACUUUUAAACUGGAAACCCUGUAUACUCAGAAUUACUUGGUUAUUUGGUCUAAGCUACUCUUUCUGCCUUUAAUAUCCAAAUAGAGUGUAAUAGAAGAUGGGGUGUCUUCACCCUCUCAGUUCUCCCAGUUACCGUAGAAGGUAAACGUAGAUACAUGAUUUGCCACUACAGAAUGAAUAUGAGUAAAUAGGAGAGGGGUAAGUAACUGAUUGUCAUAUCUUUAUAAAUUCAUAAUUUGAUUAUCUUCUGCCUCAGCUCCUCCCCCACCCCUAGUGCUGAGAUUAAAGGUUAGUGCCAUCAUGCCCACUACUUAGGUUUGUGAUAGAAGUUUGUGUUGUAUUUUCCUAGUAAUUUUUAAAGAUAAUACCUUUUUAAAGUUAUGUGUCAUGGGGUGAGGGUGGGCAGGGUUGUUAGAUCUCCCUGGGAGCUAGAGUUAAAAGCAGUGAACUGCCCAGCGUGGGUGCUGGGAAUUGAACUCUGGUCUUCUAGAAGAGCAGUAUGUUUUGCUAAGUUAUCUCUCCAGCCCUAUUAUAAUAGUAAUAUAAUACAACCAAAAAACAACCUUGAAGUUGAUACCGUGUUGCAUAGGAGACUGAAGCAGGGGACCACAAGUUCAAAUCCAGCCUUAGCUACAUGUUUAUAACACCCUAUCAGAACACAAGCGCUAAGGAUACAUCUCAGUGGUAGAGAUUUGUAUAGCAUGUGCAUGGGCCUGGGUUAUGUCCCAGCACCGCCAUGUUUACUCAUGUCCAUACAAAAACCUGCAUGUAGGUAUUUAUCACACUUGUGCUAUUCCUAAACCUCAGAAGAAAGCUAGCUGUCCUUCUGCGAAUAGAACCUGUUUUCGAAUAUGCUUUCUAUUUCUACUGUUGAACAUUCUUUUUCAUGUUGAUUAAUCACUUGCCUCUGGUUGUGUGAGAGUGAUAAUCUUUUUCUGGCUUUUCUGUUAACAUUUUCUUUUACUCCUAGACAGCAUGGCCCUUAAAAGUUAGAGAACUAUCAAAUUUUUUAAUGUACAUUACUUUUUGUCAGUUUGUGUGUGUCAUAUUUACCCAACAAAUAUAUUUAAAACAAUGUAAAAAACAUAAUUUAAAUAUUGAUAAUAUAAGGAGAAUACUUUCUUAUGGAAAUAGCGAUAUUGACAGUACUUUAACAGUCUGUAAAGAGUUAUAAAGUUUCAGAGUAAUUUUUGAAUAAAGUUCAAGCUUUAAAAAGAA